AUGCAAGAAAAGCAAAGCUCUGGCUUUAAAAAAACUAAAACACAAUUCAUUAAAACAAUUGUGAAUGCCCAAGUAACAUUCUCGGCCUUUUCGGCGAACCCAGUGGUCAAGACAGUGGGUGCCACUACCACAAUAUCUGUUUUCACUCUGUUGCCUUCUGGAACUAACUAUGCCUCUGGUGAUAUACUGACCUAUACGAUUCCAUCUCCUGGUUCUUUUGUCACAUCUACUAGCGUUUCAAAUUGUAUAUCUCAAACCUCUGCAAUUUCAGUUUCAGCAUGUAUAAUAACAGCAAAUCAAGUCGCUCUUACUUUGGCCGUGGUAUCAUCUUCACAGACCUUGCAGAUAAACGUGCAGAGUUUUAUCAACCCACCAUCAACUUCUAGUAUAUCAGGAGUUUCAGCAUCUCUUGUGUCAUCUACUGGUACUUCUAAGGCUACAAGAAGCAAUACUGUCAUCAAUAGUUUCACUACAGAUUCAUUGAACGCAGCAUCAAUCACCCCACAAUCUAUGCUAAUUGGUGAUAAUGCAGCCUCAAUUUUGGUCUCAUUAACACCAAAGAAUGCAUUAAGCUCAAAUGGAAGAAUAUAUGUUGAUUUCCCAUACUGGAACCCAUUGUCAUCCUCUAAAAUACAUAUGAUUUAGAGCUCAAGCCCUACAUGCACAGGAGUAACUAACAUGAAAUCAAGUAUCACGUGCUCCUACAACCAGAUUAACCAGAGGUUAACAUUGUCGAAUAUGCUGAACAGUGACAUCAGUGGUGGCAGUACCUCAAUAAGCUUCAAAGUUGACAGUUUCUUAAAUCCAUACUCAGGAGUGCCUAAGUCAGGUUUCAUUAUUUCUACAGCUGACACAAAUGGAUUUCAAAUUGAUCAGAGAACUGGUUUAUCGAUAACAGUCACUGAGUGGGCUACUUUCUUAUCAGCUACCUAUAGUCGUGGAGAUAGCAUGAGCACUGUGAACGAACCAUCAGCUGGACUUGUCUUGUUCCAACUAGAAUUGCCUGUAGAGCAAAAUUGUAGGUUAAGAAUAGACUUUCCUAGCGAUAUGCCUUUAACUAAUGACCUAACUAAUUACCAAGGUGCUGAUCUAUUCUCUACUGUUACAUAGAAAACAUUCAAUCUAGCCUCUAACUACAUUGAGCUAGAUGGUUGUCCAGAUACAAUAGUGGAUGCUACUACCACAGGUUUUAUAUAGCUUUUUAAUGUGGUUAACACUGCUUAAGUCAAAGAUAUAUCAACAUUUUAGUUCUCGUUAUAUGCUGUAUAUAACAGCAUUACUUAUAGAAUUGCUCGUCAAACAACUGGAAUUAUAAUGACAGCAUCUUAAUUCACAAAAGGCACUAUUACCUCUUUUGUUGUUGCUGCUGCUGAUACAUAAAUUAUAUAAGCUACCACUAGAUUUAAAAUAACUAUGUAACCCGCUCACUCCAUCCCUAAGGAUUCAAGAAUAAUCAUCACUUUUCCAUCCAGUAUUACACUUACAGAUUAAACCAUUUGUACCAUCACAAGUGUCAGCGGUGGAAUUUCUACCUCUCCAGGUGCUUGCACAGUAGCAUCUAACGUUCUUACCAUCACCAAUCCUUUUGGAACGGGAUCUUAUACUAAAAAUGGUUCACCUCUUUCAUUCAUUUUUAGUACAGGAGGUACUAACCCAGAUUCAGUAAGAGAUGCGGGUGAGUUCACUGCCUUGACUCAAACUAUUAUUGAGGGCUUUAACUAUGAUAUAGAUGAGAUCGUAGCUUCUUCAAUCUACAUCCCUACAGCCUUUGUGCUUUCUGCAACAGUCAAAUCAAUAUCCUCUUUUGAGACUUACUUCAGCCCCACAACUUAUACCCUAGAGAUAACCCCCAAUAAAGUGAUAGCUAUAAAUGGUAUUGUAUAUAUUCAAUUCCCAACGGAGAUUAAGCUAGUCUCAUCGGCAUUAUCAUCUUGUUAAAUAGUUAAAAAUUCAAUAACAUCAACCCUAACUCAAUGCACAGUAACACAGACUAGUCCAGUAAUAGUCAAGAUCUUAGAUGGAUUCACAAGCUCAUCAUAUAGCACUACUGGCACUCCAUUUCAGCUUAUACUUGGAGGACUAUUUAAUCCCAGAACAAAGGCCAUCACUUCAUCUUUCUAAAUCAAGACUUAAGAUUCAAAUAGUUAUGCAAUCGAGGCUUAAUCUUCCGGAAUUACAGUGUAAAUGACUUCGACACCAAAUCUAGCUGAAUUCACAGUUACUCCAUAAAGCUUCACGAACGGUGAUUCCACUAAUUAUGUAAUACAGGUUAAAGCUACACUUCCAAUAAUGAGCACUGAUUCUAUAACAUUUACUUUCCCAAGUUAAACAACUUUGCCUAGUACUGUAACUUGUUCAACAGGGACUCUAGUCACUGCUGUAAGUUGCACAAAAUCCGGAACUAAUACUGUCAAAGCAAUUUUAACUGUUUCUGGAGGUGAACUCAAUCCUAAUACUGCUUUUUCAUUCUCAGUCAAUAGUGUCGUGAAUCCCCCUAGCACGUAGACAACAUCUCCCUUCACAAGUAUUAUAAUGGCUGACACAACUGACAUUUAGCUCACUUAGUUUGUUGGAUCACCAACGGUAUAAAUGACAACUCCAGCUACAGUAGUAACCAAGUCUCUUAUCUAAGGAAGCAAAGCUCUAGUUGCACAUACAACAUAUACAAUAUAGUAUACGACUAUUAAUGCAAUGGUUGCAGAUGCUGCUUUUAAGAUAAACUAUCCUUAAACAGUUACCAUUACAAGUUUAGCGUCCUGCGAGUUAACUUUCAAUUCCAAUACAUACCCAAUGUCUUGCACUCUUGAUUCAGCAUCUAGAGUUAUUAGUGUGAAUUCAGGUUUUAGUGCAGCAGCUGCUGCAGGAUCCGUGAUUUAGAUAAAGUUUAGUGUUGUUACCAACCCUAACACUCAAUAAAACGCUUAGACAUUGACUUUAGUUUCUUAUACUGCAUCUAAUUUCCUGUAUUAAGUAGAUACAAUAAAGACAGGAUUAGUUCCUGAAUUUGAUUGCGAUCAUCCUUGUGCCACUUGUACAGCCACUAAAACUGAAUGUCUUUCUUGCAUUACUGAUGUAACUGAUGAGUUAUUUAAGUACUUAUCUGGCACUACUUGUCUUAAGAAUUGUCCAUCAGGCACAUUUGCAGAUACUGACUUCAAAUGCUACUCUUGUCCAUCAGUGUGUAAAACUUGCUCUAGCAAUACAGUUUGCACCUCUUGCGAUACAUCAUCUACAUAUCCAUAUUUGCUUGAAGGAUGGUGCUAUGCAUCAUGCCCACUGGGAAUGUGUUCAAAGGACUUCUAAUGCGUGUUCUGUACUCCAGAUUAAUUCUAGACUGUGACCAGCACGCCAUAGACUAAAACAGUCAGCGUCACAAGCAAUAAGUUGAAUUUCGUUGCUACUCUACCUUCCACUCUUAAAUACUCAACAAACUCAGUUAUCACAUUUUACGUUCCUAGUCCAGGGUCAUUUACUCCUUCUACUUCUGCUUCAAUGUGCACCAGUUCAACUAGUACUAUUUCUAUUCAGUAAUGUGUCAUCACAGCAAAUUACGUAGCAAUUAAAAUAUCUGUAACUGGCACGACUACCACUACUUUUACAGUUAGUGUAGGAAAUUUCAACAAUCCUUCAUCAACCUGUGCAAUAAAUAAUGUAAUAACUUCACUCGUUGAUAGUUCUGGUAAUUAAGUAGCAUAAUUGACAACUACCUCAAUUAGUGGCUUUACUCCAGCACUAAUGACUUCCGCUACAAUCACAUCCAGUAGCUAAGUUGUUGGAGAUUUCGGAGUGACUAUGACUAUAGCCUUUACUUUGAAAAGCAGUCUGCCUACUUCUGGUUAAUUAUCACUAGUAUUACCUUACUGGAAUCCAAAUGCAUUAGACGCAAGUUAGUAUAAGCAUUAUUUAGACAUUAUGAUACCGACAUGCACAGGAACAAGUCCCCUUAAUGGAGGCUUAAGUUGCUCUUAUUCUUUAGAUUCAAAUAGACUAUUAGCUAUUAACAGUGUUUCUACAAGCACACAGCCUUCUGGAACAACUUUGACAUUCUCUAUUAGUGAUAUGAAAAAUCCAUUCUCAACAGCCCCUAGAACUGGAUUCGUAUUGACAACAUUAGAUAGUUCAGGAUGCUAAAUAGAUUAAAGCAACUCUCUAACACUCACAGUUAGUGAUUGGGGAAAAUUCAGUUAGCCUGCUAUACAGAGAGCAGAUGGCGUAACAUAAGUAGCUAUGGCUUCAGCUUUCACCUUGAAUUUUAAUCUAGCUUUCCCAGUUGACUCUGGAUGCAGACUCAAACUAUUAUUUCCUUCAGAAAUGCCAAUUACUAGUGAUUUGCAGACUGUAAGUGGAUUGAAUCUCUUUUAAACUACCUCUACUUUUAAGACUAAAGACACAGCUGCUAACUAUUUGGAAUUAGAUGGCUGUGACACCUAUAGUGAUGUUGGCUCUUAAGCAGUUAUUAAUCUUAGUAAACUUGUUAAUAUUGGAUACAUAAUGGAUACAUCCCCCUUUAUUCUUGAACUUUAUGAUGUGGUUGGCUAAACUCUUUACAAGAUAGCUCAAGAUAAAGUAAAUGUUUUCGUUCCAGCUUCAUCAUUCUCGACAGGAUCUAUAGACGACAUCACGGUUACAGCUGUUGACUCAUAUGAAGUUUAGACAUACACUACUUUUAAGGUGACUUUUACUCCUAGCGAUAAUAUUCCUGUAGAAUCUAAGCUAAUAGUCUUAUUUCCUGACUCAAUCGUUCUCACAGAUCAAGCAGCAUGUACUUUAUCUUCUUUAAGUGGAGGACUAAGUAGCAACUAUCAAAGUUGCACUGUCAUUAGCAAUAUGAUAACAAUAAUGAAUCCUUUUGGAACGGGAUCUUAUACUAAAAAUGGUUCACCUCUUUCAUUCAUUUUUAGUACAGGAGGUAAGAAUCCUGAUGCUGUUUAGGAUGCAGGGUCUUUCUUAAUAUAGACAUUCUCUAUAAAAAGUGGUUCGCCCUAUCCAAUCGAUGAAAAGUCAAUAUCAGGGGUCUAUACUCCAUCGCCAUCUGAACUAACAGCAAAAGUAACCCCAAAUUCUAAGGUUACAAGCAAUACUCCAACGACAUAUGAAUUUGAAUUAACUCCUAAGAAAGUGAUAGAAACUGGGGGUAAAGUAACUAUAACAUUUCCAGCAACAGUUACAUUCCCUACUGGAUCUUCAGAUUUUACUGCUUGCAGAGCUGUAAUAGGAGGAAGUUCUAGAAGUGUAACAUGUACAGUCACUAAACCAGUAUCAACAAAUAUUUUUGUGACUAUAACUGGCGCAUUUACCUCAGCUUUCACAACAAUGAACACUGCUUUCUUAUUAUAACUAGAUGGAAUUCGUAAUCCUAAGACAACUGAUAUCACAGCUGCAUUUACCAUAACAACAUUAUCAGCUAGUAACAGUCCAAUAGAGAGUUCUUAGGAAAAAGUUACUACAUAAAUGGAAUCUAGUUCAGAAAUGACUUAAUUUACAGUUUCAACUGCCAGUGCCAUAAACGGAGCAACUAAUGAAUACACCUUUAGAGUUAGGACUUAAACACCAAUGGAAUCAGGAGAUAAAAUAUAAUUUACAUUCCCUAGUCAGAACUAAUUUGCACAAUCAUCUCAUACUUCAACUAUUGUAUCAGGAUUAUCAGCAGUCUCAUGUUCAAGAUCAAGUUAUACAAUGAAAUGCACUCUAACUUUCUCAUCAAGUCCUUAUGCUGCUCUAACUGAGUUUGCCUUUAAAAUCUCAGAUAUCAUAAAUCCUCCAAGCACUCUCACAACAAGUGCUUUCACUAAUGUUUAGACAUUAACUUCUGCUGAUAAGGUAACAAGCAUUUUUAAGGGUACAACUACAGUUAGGACUACUACAUCAGCCACAGUAAUUACUAAAGCAUUAGUCUAGGAAAAUAAAAACUAUGCAAUAGCAACUAAAUAUUCUAUCACAUUCACAACUAUUAAUUACAUGCCUUCAGGAUUUGGAAUCCUAAUGAGCUUCCCUACUAGCAUUACACUAGGUUCUUCGAUCACCUGCCAAAUCAACUAUGGAAGUUUAACGACAUUUGAUGUCGAGAAAUUCAAUAAUAAUUCUAUCAAAAUAACUAAAGACCCAAGCUUUGAGAUACCAGCUGGCAAAUCAGUUACUAUUACCUUAACACCAAUAACGAAUCCAGCGACUUUAAAUUCAGAUGCAAUUUCCUUUGUGACCUAUAUAAAUUCUUUGCUAACAGAUUCUAUUGAUACAGCUGGCUCAAUUAUACCAAAUUUUGAGUGCACUCUACCAUGCAGAACUUGCUCAUCGACAAUCAAGACUUCGUGCUAGUCUUGCUUCACUGAUUCAUCAACAACUUUGAAGUAUCAUAACAACACUAGUUGUCUUGCAGCUUGUCCUGACGGCACUUAUGACUCUGCCUUCUUCUGUAAAACUUGUCCUACCACCUGUAAAACAUGCUAUAAUGCUACUGAUUGCAAAACAUGCGAUACAGCUGCAUCAAGCUUAUACAAAUUAUUCUUGAACAAUACUUGCUUGGCUACUUGCCCAGUUGGUUAUUUCAAUUUAUCUAAUACUUGCACAAAAUGUAACUCAAACUGCCUGACUUGCAGUGGCUCAGCUACUAAUUGUACAACUUGUGCUGCUCCUAUUCUCUUCAACCAAAAUGGAAGAUGCCAAAGUUCCUGUGAAACUGGAUCUGUUGCAGUUGGAUUUACAUGUAAGCAAUGUACCUAACCUUGCGCAACAUGUGCAGCAACUUAGACUUCGUGCACAAGUUGCAGCACAGGCUAUUUAUAUGGUACUUAGUGUAUAGAUGAAUGCCCUAAUGGCUCAAUAUUCCAAAAUGGAAAAUGUGUGGCUUGCGAUCCAAAUUGCUAAAUAUGCUCCCCAACUGUGACUGCUUAAUGUCUGCUAUGUAAAAAGGGUAUGAUCUUAUUUAACAAUACUUGCUUCACUAGCUGUCCAACGGGCUAUUACCCUGAUUCAAAGAACAUAACAUGCUAAUCACCAAGCGGGACUGGUGUAGCUCUUAAAGAGAUAAACCCAUAUAACAAUAUAUAUGCAUUCUUCCCAUUCCUUAUCACGACACUACUCCUAGGAGGUGUUGCUGUAGCAAGUUGGUUUAAGGAUAAAAGUUCAUUGAUAACCUCAAAUGCAAUAGCAUUAUGGGGUCCUGUAGAAACGAUUGCAUAUGCCGCUUAGCUCUUCUUGGCUUAUGCCUGGAUUACUAAUAUUUAGUAUGCUGUUGAUGAUUCAACUACAACAGUGACGAGUAGAAGGUUUUUAGGAGAAGUAGCAUAUCUUAAAUACUUUGAGGGGGAAGUCAUCCCAAUUGUAUUUUAUGGAACUGCUAUCGGCAUAGCAGGACUGAUUGGAACAAACAUUGCAUUUUUCGUUUUACAUAUGCAUUUCAUCAGAAAUGACUCAGGCUAUAUAAGACACAAAAGACUUCACUAAGCAGUCCCAUUAGCAAUUGCUAUUGUGGGUUCAGCCUUAUCUUUUAAAGUUGGAAAUUUCCUUUAUAGUAAAUUCUUUGGCUGGAGAAGUUUCUUUGUUCCUUUCGAAAAAUUUGACAAACUUCAUCACUAUUUGAACAUUCUUUCAAUUAUAAACAUAGUGAUAACAUUAGUGCCGAUCUGUGCUGUAGAUUUGUAUGGCCUCUAUAUGUACAAAUGGGGAUCACAAUUCUACAUGAUAUAGAUUGAGACUUUGAUCAUAGCAUUAAUAGUGUUUGCAUUUACAGUUUGGGAAAUUAAAAAGCAGAAAAAUAUCCUCAAACUCUAUAGACCUGAUGAUUUACUCUACUCAGCAGUUGGAGAUUAGAGUUCGAUUGAGGACUAAAUAAUGAAAAGAAUGGAAGAAGAAAUUAGAAAGAGAUUUGGUGGGCUUUCUAUGGAAGAAUUCAUUGAAAAUCUUAAGAAUUAAAAGGCUCUCGAAGCUGCAGCAAAUAUGCCUAAGAAAAAUCUCAAGAGAGGAGAAUCAAUGGGUCAUCUUGGAGAUAGAACAAGAGAGGUAGAUGAGAGAAGACUAAACACUGACCCUCUGGAUAAAAAUCAGAAGAAGAAGUAUGAGGGCUUUGAGAUUGAUAAGCAUCCUGACAACUGUUAUGCUGAAUCUGGAAAGGGAGAGCCCGCAACUGUCGAUCCAUCUAGGAGAGCUGUAAAAGUCAUUUAAUAUGGAGAAUUCGCUUAGAAUGGAGAGGACUAUGACAAAGACUACGAUAGAAGAAUUAGAGAACUAUUCCAUGGAAGAAACCCAGCUGAUGAAAGGGGCGACUCAAGAUACCUUAGUAAACUUGGGUAGGAUACUUUAGAUGAAGAUUUGAAAAGGCCAGGUGAUAAGAAGAAAGGAAGACUUAGAGGUCGUAAGGGUAAAUAUUAUGAGCAGGUAGAUGAUGAGGACUAGUCAUUCCUCUAGGAUUAAGAGAAUAUGAUAAAAGAUGAUGAUGAUGACUUAGAUGAUGAAGAUUAAAAGCUAGAUAUGAUUGAGGAAGAAAGUCAUCAUACCUUAGAUCAUGAAGAAGAUAAACUUAACAAGCUAGAAGAUUAAAUAGUUGAAGAUAAUCUAAAUGCUAACAAUCAGAUGAGUGUAAUUGAAGAUGACGAUGCCGCUUAACUGCUUAUGGAAGAUGAAAACUAGCUUUUUGAAGUUGAAGAAGCAAAAGGAGAGGGUGCAAUGGUUGAGGCAGCCCCUGGAAAUGGCUUAGGAUCUCCUAAUAAAUUACUAUAAGAUGGUCUAGACAUAGACGGAACAAAUCCUAACUUUAAAUCUACUAUUGAAGUAUAAAACGAAAUAGAAAAUGAAUUCAAGAAUGCUCUAAAUGUCCCAGCUCCCAAUUUUCAUUUAGAAGAAGAAGAGAUUAUUAAAAAUGUAGAGGGAGAAGAACUAGGUGAGCCUGAUAGCGAUGAUGAUGAUGAUUAGAGAAUUGCAAAUAUGAGAGACCUUGAUAAAAAGAGAUUCAACGUUAAUGACAUUUUGGGAGACUUUGACAGAGAUGAAAAAGGUAAUUUGGUGAUUCUCUAAGAGAAUAAAACUGGAAAUCUGAUAGAUAAAGAGGGAAACAGAGUCAAUGAAAAGGGUUAUCUGGUUGAUGAAAAGACUGGAGAUGUUGUUGAAAAAGAAAGAGGAAAGAAAGUAUUUGAUGCCAAAGAACUUGAUGAGAGAGGAGAACUUCCUCCACCUUAUAACUUAGAAAGGUUUAACUUUAACAUUCAUGACGUCCGUGGUUACUUUGACAGAGAUGCCGAUGGAAAUGAAAUAAUCGGUAAUAGGAAAGAUGGCUAUGGAAACCUUAUAGAUAAAUAAGGAAAAAGAGUUAAUGAGUUAGGUUAUCUAGUAGACAAUGAUGGGAAUCUAGUUGAUAAGAGGGGCAGAGUAAAACUUCACAAGUCUAUUAUGGAGCAAAAUAAUGGCGACAUUCCUUUAUUAUUUAACUACAAGGGAAAGAAAUUCGAUAUUUAAGAUGUAAUGGGUAACCUCGAUAAAGACAGAAAUGGAAACAUCAUCAUAAGAAGAGACAAGGAUAACCAAAUGGUAGACAAGUAAGGAAGAAGAGUUAAUAACAAAGGCUAUCUAAUUGACAAGGACGGUAAUGUCAUUAAUAAAGAUGGUAAAAUCAUGUUUGAGCUAUUCUCGCUUUCUAAAGACAAUGAAAUUCCUAAACUAUUCCCAUUCCUUAAGUUUAACAUUGAUGACAUUAAGGGUGACUAUGAGUUAGAUCCAUUAAGCAACCCAAUGCUUCAAAGAACAAGAGAUGGAGAUCUUGUUGAUUCCAAAGGCAGAAAGGUAAAUGAAAAAGGGUAUUUGAUAGAUGAAGAUGGACAUAUUAGAAACAAGAGAGGUCACAGAGUUUUCAGCAAGAUGCUAUUAGAAGAUGGAGAUAUUCCUAAGGUAUUCAGAACUGGUUUACUUAGAAAAGAUACCUACGAUUCAUUCUCAUAACUUAUGAGCGAAAUCGAAGACUUAGAAAGAAUGCAAGAGAUGGAUAUAGAUGACCCAAGAAGAUAAGCUAUGAAAAAUAAGAUGGCUAAAGAAAAUGAAAGACUUUAGAAAAGAAUUGAUAAGAUUGUCGAAGAAGACAAUGAUGAUGAUGAUAUGCUGAUGAGAGAAGUUGAAAAGCUUGCCAAUGGAAGAAACUCUGAUAAUGACGGGGGAAAUACAUCAGUUGAAAGUCAGAUGGAGGAUACUCCAAGCAAUUAUAAUGUUCUUAAUCAAAGAUUCAAUGAAGUAGAAGAUAUUAAAAACUAAGCCAGAUUGAACUUAAGAAAUCAUCCUAAAGUAGUUGAGGAUGAUGAAUUUGAGAGUGAAUAUUCAUAUCUUCCAGGAAAGAAACUUAAGAAAAAGAAAAAGAAGAAGAAGAAGAAGCCAGAAAAAGAAAUAGAUCUCCGUGAGCUUAAGAUGGCAGUUGCAUAUGGUAGCUUAUCCCAAGCUCAAUAUGAUAAGAUAGUAGCAAACAAGAAACUUAAGGAUGCUCAGAAUAUGGCUGCUUAAAUGGGUUAAACGAGCACCAGUAUGAUGGGAGCUAAGCCACCCAUCUAAAGAAAUGCAAGCAACACAAGGAUGACUACAGUUUAAAGUAAGAGAGCUCUUGCUGGAGGAUAAUUAGGCAACAGAAAUAAUAGUAUGAUGGGAGCAGAUGACCUUAUUUCCGAACUAGGUGGAGCAGAAAGUGUGCACCAUGGUCAAGGAGGAAAUAGGAUAAACAUGAAUGGCAUUUAAACAGCUUAAAUUAGACAUGGUACUUCUACUACAAGAGCAGCUGGUAAUAAUAUGAACAAAACAACAUCAAGACUAAAUAAAGAUGGAUUGCCUUCAUCAUAGUAUUAGCUUAAGAAAAAUAAUUUAAUGAGUGAUAAAGGAGAGAGCGAAGCUUCAGAAAAAUAAAAUCCAGGUCUUGCUGAUAGAGAUAGGAGAUUAUCAUUAAUUGCCAACUCAGUGUCUGGAUUCUAUAAAGAAGGCAGCGAGCAUUCAUUAAUGAGAUCGACUCAUGAGUCGAAUUUCGCUCAAAAUCUAGGCCGAAGAAGAGGCGAUCCAUAGCCCCCAGGACCAUUAGAGGAACUUAAAUAAUAAUACUAAAGAAGACCACCUGAUACAGCUGGUUUCGCUUUAGGAAAUCUAUAAGGUGCCACCAAUGAUCCAGAACUUGAUAGAAUAUAUGGUACUGCUAGAGGCUUAGCAGAUUUAACCUAAUUAAGCGAUUGGGAGAAAGACUCUUAGAGAAGUGGCAAGAGUGCUAGAAGUCAGUUCUAAGUUAUGAAUUCCCUUAAAGUCAGAGGUUUAGAAAACAUCUAUUUGCAAAGACUAGAGCCUGCAACAAAGGGUAGAAAGACGACUUUAAAGAAAGGUUAAGAAAAAGCUAAAUUCAGAGUGAUGCAUCAUAAAUAUCAUGAUGAGCCAGAGUGGUAUGUAGAUGAUCAGAGAGAUGAACUAGAUAGUGUUAUUUCUGACAACUAUAAACAAAUGGAGAAGAAGUUCGUCCAAGAGUUCUAGGGAACAAGUAGCGGGGGUAAAAAGCAAAAAAUAUCUAAGGAUUCGAGUGGAGCGAAUAUCUUCCACGGGAGACUAAAUCAGUAUAAAGAAAGAAUAAAGUAGGAUAAAGCAGGAAAUGGACUUGAUUUUAACAAAUAAUGA